GGCACGCGGCGGUCCCGGCGCCGCUGCUCGCGGGCGCUCUGAGGUUCGGCGACUGCUGGUUGCUCGUGGGCACUCGAGUCGAGGCGCGCGCUGGAGUCCUGCCCGCCCGCCCGCCCGCCUGCCCGGCCUGCUCCAGAGUCUUGGAUAUGGACCUUCUUCAGUUCCUGACCUUCCUCUCUGCCCUGCUACUGUCUGGAACAGGAGUCACAGACACCCUGGACCCGAGUCUGGAGAUCUACAAGAAGAUGUUUGAGGUGAAGCGGCGGGAGCAGCUGUUGGCGCUGAAAAACCUAGCACAGCUGAACGAUGUCCACCAGCAGUAUAAGAUCCUCGAUGUCAUGCUCAAGGGGCUCUUUAAGGUGCUGGAGGACUCCCGGACAGUGCUCAUUGCUGCAGAUGUGCUCCCAGAUGGGCCCUUCCCCCAGGACAAGAAACUGAAGGAUGGUAUGGUCUUCCCAAUCUCGCCCUCUCCUCCUCCCCGCAAACUUGAUCUUCUGUAGCUGCUCCUUCCCUCUUGUUCUUGUCAUUCUUUUUUUUCUGUCUGAAAGUACCCUCUUGUGGCACCUUCCAAGGAGUCUCUUGGGCGGUUGGGCACUUAGUAUAUGAUUCUCUGAGUGCUUCUUGGCUCGUUUCAGAGCCAGUUUCUGUGUCCCUGACACUGCUAUGGUCUGUAGUACUGUCUGGUGCUUGGGGCAGGGGAAUCAGGGAGGAGCCUUUGCGUACUUCCACUCCAGGAAUCCUUGCCUUCACCACCCCGACCCCUCUGGUAGAGAUGGCAAGGGUUGUUCCCAUUUAUAGGAGAGAAAACUGAGGCCUGUUGAAGUGACUGGCCUGUGGAAGCAGUUACUAGCACUCUUUACUACUGUUCUAAAAGCUUCAACCCCCUUAAAUCCUUUUUGAGAGAUGAGACCAACAUAGAUAAAUAAAAGAAUAUUCUGUACCCUUU